CUUUUUAAAGGGUAUGACUUUGACCUCUGUCACAACCCAACCCUUUUUGUUUUUCGGUCCUAAAAUUCUAAAAUCUUAACCUAGUACAAUUUUUAAGCAAAAAACAAAUAUUUUAAAUUAGCAAUAAGAAGGUUUUUGCAAGUUGAGUUACUUGCGUCAAUAGAAAAAAAUCUAAAAAUAAAAAGCUUGUUUUAUCAAAUCACAGUCGACUGUCGCUCAGUCAGUACGAAACGACGACACAGCACUGAAUUUUCCGGCCACCUGAUUUACUUGUAAUUUUAAUUUUUUUCCUAAAUUUUCCUAGUAAAAUGUCCUUAAAACAAUCUGUGGCACUGCUUCAAAGCAAAAAUGGGCUCACCUGCAUCACCCAAAGAGCCAGUUCCUGGUGGUCCGGUGUUCAAAUGGGCCCGCCCGACGUAAUCCUGGGUGUAACCGAAGCCUACAAACGUGACACCAAUCCGAAGAAAAUCAAUUUGGGCGUAGGAGCUUACAGAGAUGAUGACGGCAAACCUUACGUACUUCCCUGUGUGCGUAAAGCCGAGGAUAAAUUGAGAGCUAAAAAUUUGGACCACGAGUACGCUCCUAUUGGCGGAAUGGCAGAGUUUUGCAAAAAGAGCAUCGAACUGGCUUUAGGCGAAGGCAGCGAAGUUGUACAGAAUAGCUUGAAUGCAACAAUACAAGGGGUUUCUGGAACGGGUUCAUUGAGAGUUGGAGCUGCUUUUUUGAGCAACUUUUUCCCUUAUAAUAAAGUGGUUUAUUUGCCUGCGCCUUCAUGGGGCAACCAUACGCCUAUUUUCAAACAUGCAGGCAUGGAUGUUAAGUCUUACAGGUAUUACGACCCAAAAACUUGUGGAUUGGACUUUGCUGGAGCUUUAGAUGACAUUUCGAAAAUUCCUGAAAAAUCCAUUAUUUUACUUCACGCGUGUGCCCACAAUCCUACUGGUGUGGAUCCUACCAAGGAACAAUGGGCUGAGUUAUCAAAUCUUAUUAAGAAGAAAAAUUUAUUCCCCUUCUUUGAUAUGGCUUACCAAGGAUUUGCUACUGGUAGCGUUGAUAAUGAUGCUUUUGCGGUUCGUCUUUUUGUCAAAGAAGGCCACCGCAUCGCUCUAACUCAAAGCUAUGCCAAAAACAUGGGCCUCUAUGGUGAAAGGGCUGGAGCCUUCACCGUGACUGGUGAGUCCAAGGAGGAAGCCGACCGAGUAAUGUCCCAAAUCAAAAUUCUCAUCAGGGCUCUAUACUCCAACCCACCCAUCCACGGAGCUAGAAUUGUCACUGAAAUUUUGAGCGACUCACAACUUAGAGCUGAUUGGUUGAAAGAAGUAAAAGGAAUGGCUGACCGUAUUAUCUCAGUGAGAACCACAUUACGUGACAAUCUGAAAAAAGAAGGUUCCACUAAAAGUUGGGAACACAUCACGAAUCAAAUAGGAAUGUUCUGUUUCACCGGAAUGAACGCGCAAGAAGUCGAAAAACUAACGAAAGAAUUCAGUAUUUACCUAACCAAAGACGGUCGUAUUUCGAUGGCCGGAGUCACAAGCAAAAACGUCGAUUAUCUCGCCCAUGCCAUCCACCAAGCUACCAAAUAAAUUGAUUGCAACAAUAGUAUUUUGUUAGUUAAUUAAGAGAAAAAACACAAGCGCUUUAAGCAAGAAAGACAUUUAAGAUAUAGCUAAGAUUUUAAACAAAUUUUUUGUCUCAUACUUUUUAUUAUAACUUUUAUUAGCAUUUUUCCUUGUUAUCUCUUUAUCUUUAUAUUAUUGCAUUUUUUUUGUUUUGUUGUAAGCCAAGCUCCAAAGGUAUUAUUGUUGAUAUUUUUCUAAACUGGAAUAUACUUAUCUAUUUGAAAAACUAAAUUGUAGUUAAAUUUAAUACAUUUAAUAAUAAAUCUACCAAUUUGUUAGA